AUGGCGUCUCUACUUGCGAAUGUUGGCAAAUGGGUUGCCAAAUUCGCAGCGAAAGAGGCCUGGAGUGCCAUCGCCGGGAAGCAAGCCGUACCAACCGCUCAACUCCUCGACACCAUCAUUGCCGGGCAAAAUGAAAUAGCCCGUCAGAUUGAGAAUUUAUCCAUCAAGCUUGAGAUUCUGGAAGCCAUGAGACGCAUUCUUUACUGGUCAAAGCGCAUGGAUGAGAUCAUGGAUGAUUUCAAGACUUUAAACGGCGGAGUCAUCGAUGAGGCUGACCCAGCCUACGCUGAGCUUCUUUCGGCUCUUCGAAACGAGAACCUCGGCGUCCGCUACAGUACCUUUUCCAUCUACAAUGCUAUCAUUGGGCUGCCUGGGCAGGGCGCCGGCGCAAUCUACGUCUGGCACGGACAGGCGUUCCCUAAGCUCAAGGACGACAGAAACCUCUACUACUUUAUGGCUGAUUACGUGAAGGAAAUGGACGACAACUUGGGACCGAUUGCCUAUCUUCUGCGCCAAGGUCUCGUGCUGAGCCUAUUUACAUCCUACUCCGAGACGGAUGCGGAACGUCUUCGCAAAGAAUGCGAGGAUCGUGUAAACACCAUUGCCGACACGCUAUACAAUACUCUCUACCCGCCCGGCCUUCGCUUCCUGAAACCCAGCCUCGACAAUGUCGGCAAUCAGAACGGCAACCAGUGGCAAAGGUGGCAGCAAAAGGACAAGAGUGACUACUAUCUCGUCAUGAAUAGCUUUUACAUUCCUUGCCUCGGUAGCGGCAAGAAGCCCAUACAGAACAACAAGACGGAGGCUUGGAACUUUGCCCUCCAGCAGGACUCACAGCCCCUGGGGGCGAUGCGAUUCUUGUCUGCUUGGGAAAAUAAAGGCAACAAGCGGCUCAGGUACAGCAAGAUGUAUCAGCAGGGAUGGAACAUUGACUUUUCUACCAGCACGAACAAAGACACGAGUGCGAUUUUGUUUAAACUAAUACCGCUUGAGGAGAGCGAGGCGGGCAAACAGCCCGGGUUUCGGUUUGUGCCGUAUCUUGAGAGUUCAAAGGGAAUUGUCAGUAACAAUUCCAAGACAUUCAACUCGGUGUUUAUACCUGUCAGUCCCCAAACCUAG